AUGUCAGAACCAGAAAGUGCAUUUAGACAACAGUUUAGCAGCUGGAGUAACAACAACAAUAAUAGUAGUAACACUAGAACUUCAUUACCGCCAUUUUCUAGUUGGUCGGACUACAUAAAGACAAGUGCUAAUGAUUUGUAUGUAUCAUUGCCUUCGUAUAAUACAGGAGCACAACAGGCAAUAGAAGAGCCAUCAUGGUUCAAGCUAUCUCGAUUUGAGAAGAUGCUAGGAUUCGCUUGUUGUUUAGGAGGAUCUGCUUUAUGCUUUAUUAUCAGUUUCUUUUUAUUCCCUGUGUUGGCAUUAAAACCUAGGAAGUUUGGCCUCUUAUGGUCCAUGGGAUCAUUUUUGUUUGUGAUAUCAUUUGGAAUACUACAAGGGCCUUACCAUUACACUAAGCAUUUGCUUUCGAAAGAUAGGAUAGUGUUUACAUCUGUCUUUUUUGGGUCGGUGUUAUCGACCAUGUACGCAGCAGUGAUCUUGAAGAGCACUUUACUCACAAUAUUUUGCUGUGUGAUCGAAAUCUUCGCUGUGCUAUAUUACACUCUCAGCUACUUUCCAUUCGGUGCGCAAACGGUUACCUUCUUUACGAGCUACAUAGUUGGAUACGUUGGUGGUUUACUUGGUGGUUUACUAUAG